AUGACGGUGGCUGGUAUGAAAUACAGCCUUAUCCCACGGGAGAACCGUGUUCUAAUCUACCAAUAUUUAAUAAAUGAGGGAGUUUUGGUUUGCAAGAAGAGUUCCAAGGUUCCCGUCCACCCCGAGAUUAACGUACCAAACCUUCAUGUUAUGAUGGUAUGUAAAUCGUUGAAGUCUCGUAACUACGUCGUGGAGCACUACAACUGGCAGCACCUUUACUUCGUGCUUACUGACCAGGGUGUGGAGUACUUGCGCACAUACUUGUACCUACCACCCACGGUCUUCCCCGCUACCCACUCGAAGAGGCCCACAUCUAAUGUGAUCCUCAAGGAGGUGGCUUGA